GGACCGGAAAAGCAAAGAACUUCCUCCUGAAGGCUAGAGAGGGGAGUCAUACCCAGUCCAGAGUGUCAUUGUAAGAACAGCAGUGAAGGAAAGAAGAACAAGGGGGAGAAAGAAUGGCAGAAGAUAUCAUUUAUGCUGACUUGACCUUGCCUGAAUCAGCCAGACCCAGAGUACAGAAGGUCACUGAUGUCCAAGGUUCUACAUACACAGAAGUGAAACUGAAUUCCCAAGACACAAAUGCUGCAACAGGACACACAUCAGCUGGUAGAAACUGCUCCAGAAAACAUGUUGCUGCGCUGGUUGCUUUAUUGGUUGUGAUAAUCCUCCUACUGGUCCUGACUGGGUGUCUGGUACACCAGUAUCAUCCAACUGCAAGCAGCCCACAGGACUCAACAACAUUGCCCCAAGUCCCUGAAGAGGCACUAGCCUGCCCCAAACAAUGGGAAAAACAUGGGAGAAAAUGUUACUUCUUUUCUCCAAAUACACAAAAGGACUGGAAUGCCUCCCGUAAACAAUGUACUGCCAUGGGUUCAGACCUGGUGAUCAUUGACAACAAGGAAGAACUGCACUACCUCACUGAACAAUCAAGACACAAUUACUACUUACUUGGUCUCACAUACUCUGAAAGGGAGCAGAAGUGGAAGUGGAUUAACAACGUGGAACAUGACCCAGCCCUGUUUAAUAUAAGUGGACCUCAUGGUGACUAUCUCUGCACAGUCAUUGGAUUUAGGGAAGUACACACUGCACCUUGCAAGGGAGUCAAAUCAACACAAAAUAUGUGUGAAAAAGCUGCAACUCUUUCAGAAAAGCUGCAACAAAAGCUAGACAGAGAGCUAAAAAGAAGAGUUCCAGGCAGGAAUGCUAUCCCUAGCUUCAUGUAGGAAAUGUGGAUGGGAUUUUCGUCAUUCAUUUUUAGCUGCCCAAAUACGUAGUCAAAGGUGCUCCUCCAGGCUCCCUCCAGACCUCUUGUCAACCUCAGCCCACCCUUUUCCAACAUGGGAGUCAGAGACUGGGUGGAUCCCCCUCCAGAAGAACCUGCAUUUGCCCACAGUGGGAGUCUGGGACUUGCUCCUUCCAGAGAGAGCUCUGACUUUCAGGCAGCCCCAGUCGGGGAGAUGAGUCCAGCCUGGGGGACAGCUGUGACCCCCAACAGAUCCUGUCUCUCACAAACACAUCCAUCUCUGCCCAUGUGUUCUCAGUCCUGCCUGUCCACAAGAAGACACUUCCCAGACCUGCCAUGCCCUGCUCUGCCCUGCAGCCACAAGUGCAGGUGAACACAGAUACCUGGUUUGGCUCCUGCCCUGUCCCACAAAUAUGACUGACAGGACAAAGUCACAUGUGUAUGUGUAUAAACCUUCCUCUGGACAAAACUGGCUGUUAAAAACCCAGACAAGGUACCAGACCCUGUGGGGUUGAAAUGGGAAUCACCACAAGAGGAGCGAUCCUCCACCACCACAGCUUUGUGAAUGAAAUCCCCCCUGGUCUUGUGAAGGUCAGGGAAGGUGUAUCAGGUUCAGGACAUGUUGGGGAAGGGCACAGGAUGCAGAGCAGCAGAGACCAGCAAUGCCUGAAAAACAGAGUCACAAUUGAAGCUCAUCUGGACAGAAAACAGGACAAUCAAACACAGAGCUACCAGGGAAGAAACUGGUGAGAAGAGUGAGAGUGAGCUACAGGGACUGACAACACAGUGCACUGCCCUCUUUUUCCUGGAGAAUGAUUGAAGCACAAAAUUGCGCCUGAAGUUUUUUCCUUCUUCAACAAGUUAGUGCCAAUGCCAGAAACAAGUGGUACCAGGAAAACAGAGAUGUGAUCAGCAAACAGGGAAUGUUACCAAAGCUCUUCCAAUGUGCUUCAAUGGCUCUUGGGACCCUGGGCUUUUUGGGUCAUUUUUUUUUUAUUGUGUCCUUUGAGGCAGAACCAUUCCUACUUAAAAUGGUGACAUUCCUGGCUCUCUCCUUAACCUGCAGGAUGGAGAAAACUCCUUGAUGAAGUGAUGGUGAUGGCCAGGGUUCUCUUGGGGGGAAAAUACCUUUUGUUUAAUCAGAGAACUUAUACUCAUCAUGUUGUGGCCAAAGGUAGUGAAAAUGGAAUUAUACAGGAGAAACUGCCUCUUUCUGUCUGGAAAACACAUUUUUAUGUUUCUCAGACAAGCAAUCCUCUUCACUACCCCCAUUCAACAAGAGGCUUUGAAAAUAUAUUUGUAGUUCUUUGCCUGACUUUUGAUCCCCAAAGAGCAAAGUAAGAACAUGAAGCCGUAACAGAAUAAUGUUGGUGUCAGAAACCAGGAGCUGCACUCUUAUUUCAGAAGGAAGCUGAAAUGGGGGGGCUCUUGGUUUGCACUCAGGUGGAGUGCAAACUGGAGAGACUGGGAGAGUUCUCUCUUUUGUGCUUCAGAUGGCUGCCCUUUCAUUUUCCUAUUCCAACUGCUGGAAUAUGCCCCCUUUGAUCACGUAGGGCUCUCCUGAAGGCAAGGGGCAAGGAAACACCUCUUCCCUGGGAGCCACAGGUCUUGGAGACUUCAGCAAGCAGCAGAUGCAAGAAGCUCUGCAUCAGUUGUCACAGAAAGGGGGAAGCUGCCCUGGGGCCACGGUGGAACUUCAUGAAAUCCAUCAAGCUGAGAAAGCCAUAGAAAGUCACAGGACUCGGGAUCAAACACUGCUUACAAGGAAAUCCCUGACAAGGGCAGAAGUUUGAUUGAAAGUGAUUUAUUUCCA